UCCAAGUUUUCCAACGAGCGAAGACUGCUUGUGAGGAUCGAUCCAAAAGAGUUGCAGAGAGUACUGGAAACUGAACACUCUCGGCAUUAAUGGCGGAAGAAGAGAAAACUCCAAAAUCUAGUGGAGAGAGAGAGAGAGUGAAGCUCUUCGUCGGUCAGGUCCCAAAGCACAUGACCGAAGCUCAGCUUCUCGCAAUGUUCAAGGAAGUUGCUCUGGUGGACGAGGUCAACAUCCUCAAAGACAAGUCUACUCGUGAUUCCAGAGGUUGUUGUUUCUUGACAUGUCCGUCCAGGCAGGAAGCAGAUAAGGCAGUCGAUGCGUGUCAUAACAAGCGAACGCUUCCAGGGGCAUUAAGUCCAUUACAAGUGAAGUAUGCAGAUGGUGAGUUGGAAAGGCUAGAACACAAACUUUUUGUUGGUAUGCUUCCAAAGAACGUUUCUGAUGUCGAAGUUUCUGCUUUAUUUUCCAAGUACGGAACCAUAAAAGAUUUACUUAUUCUGCGAGGUUCUCAGCAAACCAGCAAAGGCUGUGCUUUUCUGAAGUAUGAGACAAAAGAACAAGCUCUUGCAGCACUGGAAGCCAUCAAUGGGAAGUACAAGAUCGAGGGUUCAAGUGUCCCUUUAGUUGUCAAGUGGGCCGACACAGAAAAAGAAAGGCAAACUCGUAAGGCUCAAAAAGCUCAGGCCCAAUCUUCUAAUGUGGCAAAUCUUGAUUCCAUACGUCAACCUUCUUUAUUUGGGGCCAUGCCUAUAGGAUACAUUCCACCAUAUGAUGGAUUUGGUUAUCAGUAUGAGCUUGUAACUUGCUUUCGGAAUUCUACUGAGAUCUUACAAGUUACAACUUAG